AUGCUCAAUAAACUGAUAUCUCUCUAUCGCUCUCUCCCCUCCUCCUCCCCUCUCCCUUCCUCUCCUCUCCCCUCCUCUUUCCCUCUCCUAUCCUCCUCUCCUCCUCCCCCUCCACCCGUCUCUCAGCAGGUCCAGGGGCAGCUGCCUCCGUUGAUGAUCCCAGUGUUCCCUCCAGACCAGAGGACUCUGGCUGUAGCUGCUGCCCAGCAAGGCUUUCUACUGCCCCCCGGAUUCAACUACAAACCAGGCUGCAGUAAGUAGCAACAUUCUCCUAAAACUCACUAUUCUCUGUGGGUCUAGAUUGGGACAUCUCAGUGGUGUUGUUGCCACGCCACAACAAGUGUAUUUUCUACAGAGACAGGGACCCUCUCUCUCUCCCUCUCUUUUUCUCUCUCUCUUUCUCUCUCUGUCUGUUGGCUCAUUCCUUCACUUGGCUCAUCCUUUUGUCUCCAUUUUCAAUUUUCCAGUUUUUUCUUUGGUUGAAAGCAACAAAAAAUGCCUCAUCCUGUGGGACUUGUUAUUGGCCGCGGCAGUCCGGCUGUGAGGAAAUGUGUUGUUUACCGCGAGAAGCAACACGCGUGUGCCAGGAACGACAUUCCGAAUACCGUAGGAACAUGCCAGGGGGUAGCGUGACCUGCCCCAGGUUCCCUCACAUUAACACAGGCCCCCGCCAGAACAUGCAUCCAACACGCCAAUACAACACUCCUCGCACACGCCUCCCCCUACAGACAGACAGACUGGUCUCUCUAAGGUCCAGCUCCUCCCCCAGAAACUAACAGCUUCCUAAACAAGUCUCCUUCCAUUUUCAAUUAAUGCCAUUAUGUGCCAAUCCUCGCCCACUACCCACUUAAAGACCCCCACGUCUUAGAUGAUUAUUGCUGUCUUUUCUCUGCCUGAGCCAAGGAGAAUGGUGUUGACCUGAAUGACAGGUAGUGCUGCUGUUCUUCUGAAACAUCAACACUUGUUGACUUUUGAAAGUUAGUCUUAUAUUUUUUUGAACUAGUAGUAGACUUUACUGUCAUCACACACACUCCAUACAUACACAUCAUCUAUAGUACAUACUGUACAUCAGUGGUUCUCAAUCUUGGACCUGGGGACCCAAAGGGGUGCACUACACAACUGAUUCAAAUGAGCAACUCAUCAUCAAGCUUUGAUGAUUUGAAUCAGGUGUGUAGUGCUAGGGCAAAAACAAAAAGGACCAAGAUUGAGAACCGCUGCUGUACACAGUAAACACCACACACUGUAGACAGAACUCACACACACAAUAAACAAUUUGCCCAGUGUGGCCUCCACUCUAGUCCCUAUCAUAUCUCUCUCUCUCUCUCCUCUCUCUCUCUCUCUCUCUCUCUCUCUCUCUCUCUCUCUCUCUCUCUUCUCUCCUCCUCCUCUCUCUCUCUCUCCUCUCCUCUCUCUCUCUCUCUCUCUCUCUCUCAGUGAAAACUCUCAGUCCCGCCCAGUAGUCUAAGGAGCAGGAGGAGAGACCCACACAUCCACUGAAAUAAUUAUCCCUCUAAAAAAUGCUUCUUGAACCCUGGCAUUUCUUUUGUCCCAGAGUUGUAUGGGAAAAAUGUUUUGGAGAGGCUGACUGCUGAAGUCUGGUUUAUUGCUUAUUGAGACGGGGUCCUGGAUGGAGUCCUGGAUCAGGACUGACCGUUACAAGGCCAGGCACACACACAGACACACACACACCAGUGCCAUGGCCGGAGAGGAGAGACCCAGUGUAUUGGCCUGAUAUAGCCUUGUGACCAAGUCACUCUGGGACCCAGUCAGAUAUGCAGGGUCAUACCCUGAGAACAUUCUGAUGUAUUAGCAUCACUGUUUAUAUCUGACUGUCUAUGCCCAGUAGCACACUGGAAUAUGACAGUAAUAUUCCACCAUCAUUGCAUUCAUUUUAAUAGAUACACCCUUUAAUUAAAUAAAUGCAUACAUUUAUCAAAACAGGAGUAUCUUUCACUCUCUUAUUUUGUGUUUAACACAAAUAACAAACACUAUAAUAUAACUGUCUAGGAAUAAGAACACCGGUGGCUUGUUGAACCCUGUCACCCCUACUGCCCCCUGUAUUCUCCCUCUAUUCCUGCUCCGCCUGUCUUCUCCCUUCAAUCCCUCCUCCCCCUGUCUUCUCCCUCCAUCCCCCCUCCCCGUCUCCUCCCUCCAUCCCUUCUCCCCAUCUCCAUCCAUCCCUCCUCCCCCUGUCUUCUCCCUCCAUCCCUCCUUUCUGACCUUUCCCUCCCAUAGUAAUUACACGGGCCCUAGCUAUCUGCAGCUGGGUGCUAAUAACCUGCUCCAUUCUUUUUUAUUUCCUAUUCUCUCCAUCCGUGAUUCAUCAGCCUUCACUUACUGCCGACAUGGGCUACUGAGAGAGAGAGAGAGAGAGAGGAAGAGAAGAGAGGAGAGAGAGAGAGAGAGGAGAGGGAGAAGAGAGAGAGAGAGAGAGAGAGAGAGUAGAGGAGAAGAGGGAGAGAGAGAGAGAGAGAGAGGAGAGAGAGAGAGAGAGAGAGCGAGAACAAGAACAAGCAUAGAGAGAGAGAGAGCAUAGACAAAGAGCGGAUAGAACAGAGACAGAGACAGAGAGAGAGAAAGAGAGAACAGAGAGAGCGCGGCGAAGAUGACGUCGCCCUUGCUGGCUUAAUUACGUCCAGGGCGUCUUUAUCUUUGAACACCUUCAGAGUCUUUGUCAGGAGGUAUUAGAGAGAGGCCACACAAUCAGCCUUUCAUUAGGACACACCAGACACAGGACAAAGAAGGGCUUUAGAAUGGACCAGAGAAAGGGAGGGAGCUCAGAUGGAGGGAUGGAGGGGGAGAGGGAGGGAUGGAGGGAGGGGAGGCAGAUGGAGGGAUAUAAUGGAGAACAAGGGGAGAGAAGAGUAAAGGGUUUGUCUGGACUGCAGGUAGAGGAGGAGAGAGAGAGAUGGGAUGGGGACCAUUUGGCCGUAGUAGAGGACAGGGAGGAAGGGAGGAAGUGAAAGGAGAGAGGUCUCACACAGGAGUGUCAAAGCUGUAGAAAGAGGAAAAGAAGGUAGAGGGGAGGUAGAGCAAUUUAUGGUGAAAGGGUGAGAAAGGGCUGUUUUAGUGCACAUAGAGGAGUGUGAAGGUGUUGAGAGAGAGAGGCACAGACUGAUGUCAAACACAUAACUGGUAGGGAGACACUGAACAGGAAAAAGAAGGAGGGAGUGAAGGAAGAGAGGAAGGAGAGAUAGCUGACGUGUCUUUUUUAUUUUCCUAUGUCCAGGUGACCCUUACCCUCUCCAGCUGGUCCCUACUACCAUGGCAGCAGCUGCUGCCGCGGCAACCCCAGGCCUCGGUCAACUACAGCUCCAGGUAAGACCAACACCAUGACGAUGAUGAUGAUGAUUUUAUAUCAAUUAACAUUUUCACCAAUAUUUCAAUUUCCUCCAAAUGCCUCCCAAAGCCUUAAUACAGAGAGUAAACCUUUCUAUUGUAACAUUGCAAUGUUGUUGUGUUUUAGGUCCAAGGAUAUCGCCCUAACUCAGUGGUUCUCAAUCCUCUCCUCGGGGACCCCCAGACGUUUCACAAUUUUGUUGUAUCCCUGAACUAGCUCACCUGAUUCACCAAGUGAAGGGCUUGAUAAUUAGUUGACAAGUUGAAUCAGGUGUGCUCUGGAAUAGUUCAAAUACACGGAACAGCUGGGGUGCCGAGGAGAGGUUUGAGAGCCACUGCUAACUUACUAAACUGGUGGUUCUGGUUUCUGUUUGAUGACAGUGUUAGGUUACCAUAGUGAUGCUCUUUUGUUCUGGAUUAGAGACCUUGAGUAGAGAAUAGAAUCACUAAAGUGCUACUUAUUGUUCACUCUCAUAAGUCUGGAGCCAUAGAAACCCCAACUAUUCAGUUAAAAAGACCAAAUACAGAGCAAAGUCUGCAGUUUUGUCACUCUGGCUCUGUAAUAUUUUGAAUAUUCUGAAUACUGUGUGUGUGAAUGGUAGGGACGGAGAGGGUCUGAAGUGGGGAUCGACAGGACUAUUGAACAGUUUGGAGUAGACUCCAACUACAACAACCCAGCCUGGUGGUGCUUACAGGUUAGGACACACACUCACACGCACGAAUGCACACACACACACAUACAUACACACACACACAUUCCAGUCCCCAACACACACAAUUACACACUAUUUCCCUCGUCUUUUCCUCUCCCUCCUCUUCUUCCCUCGUUUAUCUGAGAGAGUAGCCCACUUGUUCACUCCAUCUGAUAAAUCUGGACAAGAAAAAAAGAAUGAUCAAAAAACGAAAGACAAAAAAUCCGUAACAUCUGUUCCUCCACUCUGAGAGGAUGGAGGGAUGAGCCCAUCUUUAGCACUUGCUGCCUCCCUCCGUCCCUCUCCCUCCCUCUCUCCGCUCUGCAUAUUUAGAAUAAGUGGGCUAUCGUCAGUUAAUCCUGACCCCGGAACAGAUCUUAGGGUGCGUCCCAAAUGGCACCCUAUUCCCUACAUAGUGCGCUACUUUGGUCUAAAGUAGUGCAUUAUGUAAAGAAUAGGGUGCCAUUUAGAAUGCAGCCUAAAUAUGCAGAGCGGAGAUCUUAGCCACAGAUCCGCGACUGCCUCAGGACCCCUCUCUCAGGGGUUAAGAGCCUGGGCGGGCGUCCUCUCUGCUGCCUGUCUGAAAUACAUUAACCCCAGAAGAUCAGUGGACACAGAGCACACUCAGACCUAGGUUGUCCCGCAACGCAUUAUCACUGUAAAGGCAGGGGAGGUGACACACACACACACACACUGCUGAACACACACACUCAAUUAGUGAAACCCAGCUGCACCAAGCAAGCUACGUAUUUGCAUGCAUAUUACCAGAAGAGGACAGCUUUCUCGCUUAACCUGAGCUCACACACACACGCGCACACACACACACACACCAGGCUGGGUUAUAUAGGUUAAGCGUUGCCUGUUAAAUACAUUUGCACCUGUCUGACUUACACAGUCAAUGCACCAGAUUCAGUGUUGAUAUCGAACUAGGCUGAGCUAUGUAAUUCUAUCAUCAAAGGUAGGUGCUGUCAGUAUAGCUUCAUUGUGUGUGUGUGUGUGUGUGUGUGUGUGUGUGUGUGUGUGUGUGUGUGUGUGUGUGUGUGUGUGUGUGUGUGUGUGUGUGUGUGUGUUUGGGAGCGGGAGUUAUAUCUUGUCCCUGCAUGUCCUGAGUGAUUUUAUCACAUCUUGGCUCCAUAUGUUCCGUUGUGUUCAGAUUGAGAAAAUCUCCCCGAUUGAAGGGCUUUGUCGCAAGUCAAUUGGAUUUAAACAGAACAACAACAGCAAAAAAACUACAUCUAUCAACAUCGCUUGCUGGUGCUAGCUAGCAGCCUUCUUUAAAUCCCCUCAGAAAGAAAAAACCCAGAUUAAGUCUGUUACAAAGAAAUGAUUUAGUGAGGCUAACCCAAACACAAAUGUCUGAAUGUGGUAUAUUUCCUCUGGGAGUGUGUGUGUGCUGUGGUGUUUUACAAGCGGCUGUGUGUGUUUGUGUGUGUGUGUGUGUGUGUGUGUGUGUGUGUGUGUGUGUGUUCAAACGUGCAUGCUUGCGUGCAUGUGUGUAUGUGUUUUACAAGCUGUUGGCUGCUGAGCUCUGAGACUAACAUAACAAUUACCUGCCCCAGGGUCACAACCACUAGAGAUGAGGGAACGACAACGUAGCCGCCAAACAAUACACUGGGGCUGGUGGGACACACACACACACACACACACACUAAAACACACAGAAAGUCCUAUAAAGGCACACAGCAUUUGAACAAAGGCACACUAUGGCAUAUGUGCUCUCACAUAUACUCAUUUGAAUCAUGUUCAAGUCUCACACACACCCGCGCUGGUCUCUUAUUAGCAGCUGUGAGGAGAGGAGACAGUAGAGAUCUAUGUGGAACUCAUUUAGUCCAGGUCAUGACCCCUAUACCUCCAUGGUCUCCCCUGGUCUAUGUAGUCUGACAGAGAUAAGACUGGGACAAAGACUCCCUGUGAUGGUUACAUCCAUACAAUAACUACUCUGUAGUCUCAUUAUAACACACAAUAUAUGGCAGGGGAGUACGUAUGGAGGUAGGGAGAGAGAAAGAGAUAGAGAGAGAGGUAUUAUAUCAGUAGAGAUGAAAUGAAGAAAUCAAGGUAUGAGACAGGUACUUAGAGGGGUGAGGGAAAAGAGAGGAGGAGAGGAGUGAGUGAACCAUAGUGCUAGAGAGGUACAGUAUGAAGAGGGGAGUGAUGAGGGAAGGGAAGGGAAGAGGAGAGGAGUAUGUGAACAGCAGUGCUAGAGAGGUACAGUAUGAAGAGGGGAGUGAUGAGGGAAGGGAAGGGAGGAGGAGAGGAGUAUGUGAACAGCAGUGCUAGAGAGAUAUGAAGAGGGGAGGAAUGAAGGGAUGAGGAGGAGAGGAGGAGAGGAAAGAGUGAACAACAGUUCUAGAGAGGUAUAAAGAGGGUCAAUGGAGCGGGUCAGGCAUCAUAUGGGGAGGCAGAUGUUGGAACAUAUUGUACCGGAUCACUGCACUGUACACCGAAGAGAGGGAGGGAGGAAGGUGACAGAAAGAGAGGAUAGAGCGAGAACGAGGAGAGGGAGAGACAAUGUGUGUUAUCAGGACAUGUGCAUGCAUUGACACUUAGCAAUGCUGAUAAGGUGGCUACAGGAUAGUUAGCAUUGGAAACAUUAUUUCAGUGCUGAUAUCUCUGUAUAGACUAGUCUGUGAUGUCUGUGGGAAAUGUUUUUACUGAUCAAUACCAUAUAGGAGAGUAGGAAGAGCUCAUAUAGGUAGUAUCGUAGUGUCAGGACAUUCCAGUUCAAACACACACACACGCAUGCACACACACACACACACACACAACACACACACACACUGUCCCACCUUCAACUCAGUCUCAGACAGUGAGAGAAAGAAGUAUAAAUCCAUGCAGAUUUCAGAUCUUCUCAUUUUCCUUUGCAUUCUUAUUUGAUCACAAUACAACCUCCUUUCCUUAGAUCUUACUGCCACUUCAACAAUAGAGCUGAUAGAAUGAGAGAGUUAGAUGGAAAGAGAUAUAUACAGUACAUUCAAUUCUGACAGGUUUAAAGUUCAUCCCUGCUCUCUCUCUCUCUCUCUCUCUCUCUCUCUCUCUCUCUCUCUCUCUCUCUCUCUCUCUCUCUCUCUCUCUCCCCUCUCCCUCUCCCUCUCCCUCUCCCUCUCCCUCUCCCUCUCCCGCUCCCUCUCCCUAUCUCUCUCUCUUGUUCUCUCCGCUCUCUCUCUCUCUCGCCACACAACAAGCAACCAUCACACAGGCAGGCGAGGACAGUUAUCUCUAAGGGAAUCAAACAGGAGUAAUGGAAUAAUGGGUCUGUUGCGCAAUGGGCCUAGCUGACCAGAGUAAACAAUGGCUGUGGCCUGGACUGAACCCUCAUCUAUUCACACAACAAAGAGCAAAGAGGGAAGAAGAGAGCAUAAUCUGAGUAAAACUGGAGAUUAUUGACGGGAGAAGAUGUCUGUUACAGCCACACAAAGAUUCACAGAUCUGUUCUAACUGGCUGAGACCACAGAGGAGAGGCGGGAAAGAAAGGGCUUAGGGUGGGGGGUGUGAGGGGUGUACACAGACACACACACACACAGACACACACACACUUAUAGGAAUACACACACAGUAUCUUCUCAGGCAUACACACCUGUUUGUUCAUGUGUAAACACCCCAUUGUUUAGUUUUCUUUCUCGCAUUCUUGCACACACAUUUGUUCUUGAGCUUAUCUUGUCCACUGGUGCUCGCACACACACACACACACACACACACACACACACACACACACACACACACACACACACACACACACACACACACACACACACACAGACAUACACAGACACACACAAACACACACACAUGCAUGUGCACACGCAGACACACACACUCUAACGUACACACACACACACACACAUAGAACCCCCACAGAGCCUUAUAGUGAUGGACUAAGACUCACAUGAAGGGAUUAGGGUAGAGUGAGUAAGGAGAAUGAAAGAGGUUUAGAGAGUUGAAACGAACACAGCUCAGGGUUGAGAGACAGACAGGGGAGACAGAGACACUCCUUACAAAUCCUUUACUAACCUUCUCCCCUGUCCUCCCCCCUCCUCCCCACUCCCUGUCCCCCACCCCCUCCUCCCUGCACCACCUCCUAGUGCCUGGCUAGUGGCUGACAUUUAAAUUCCUUCGUCUCAACUAAGAUAGGAUUUUCCCCCUCUCACUCAUUGUGUUGUGUGUGUCUGUCUCCCCCUCCUCCUCCCCCCUCGGGUCACCCCGGGGGCUCCGCGCUGUCACUUCCUGUUUGAUGACAUGCGUGUCGUUUUGGCGAUGGGGCUAUGCUCUGGGCGUGCUCUGUAGUGUGUGUGUGUGUGUGUGGUGUGUGUGUGUGUGUGUGUGUGUGUGUGUGUGUGUGUGUGUGUGUGUGUGUGUGUGUGUGUGUGUAAAGUGACUGUCACUCUGCUCGCUGGCCCAUUGAACAGGCCUGAGUGAUGGGAGCUGGCCCCGUAAUGGAACUCAAUUCACACUGCAAAUAUAGCUAUGCUGAACCGCUGGUCCCAACGCACUAACACACACACACAACACACACACACACACACACACUGCCCGCGGUCUACUGGCCUCCCAGGCGGGUCAGAGCUGGUGGGGUGGGAGGGGAGAAAGGAGGGAUGGAGGGAGGAGAGGAGGGUGUGUUCAUGCUUGGGUUCACCCACGUCCAGGAGUCAUGGUGGGGGUAAUUGAACAGAAAUGACCAACAAGACCUUUAUUUCAUCAGCCAGUCCUGACCUACUGUACUGUGUCUCAGUGUUCAGUGCAACCAGUCUCAGAGCACAGCUUUAACAGAGGACCAGUAGAAAGACACUAAGAGAGGGUUGUGUGGGUGAGCAUCCCUACGUGUGAGUGUGCUAGCGUGCUUGUCAGAUAUUUGAAAAACACAGAAACGUAUUAAUAUAUUCAUUUGAGAUUCUCUAGGAAAACAAGUGCUUAGUGUGUGUGUGUGUGUGUGUAUGACUGUUGUUUUCCUCAAGAACAGGAUUGAAAUGUCUUUAUUAGAGAUAGCAGGAGGAGUGUGUCUAAUGGGAAGCAGUGGCUGAUGGGUAGUGAGAGCUGCCAUGGCCAUUUGCAUAAACCAGUCUUUGUUUCCCUUCCGUGGCCGGCGGCCAACCACCAACAGAAGGACGGAAGUUCCUCUCACAACAUAGUUGGCCGCUCCCAAACCCAAACCCUCCCUUUACAAACAAAUACAAUGAAAAACACAGCCCGUUUUGACUCAUAAACAGCUAUUCUCUUCCUCAUCUUAAAGACAAUUAGGAACAAACACAUUUGGUGAAAAUUAUUGUAAAGGAACAUGAAGGGAAUGGGAGAGCGUUGUUGUGGCGAGCAGAAAUAGCUGGAGGAGAAAAAGAUCUUGUGAUGAAUAUUGUAGCUCGUUCAUUUCCAAGUUUAUUAUGGUGUGUCUGUUGCUGUGGAAAUAUAUGCUUGAGAGUAUUAAAUACUUUGUCUGACAAUUAGACUGUGUAAAUAUCCAAGAGCACUGUCACUACUCUGGAUUAUUAGUAAUUUAGAUCUUAUUCUAAAAUGAAACCUCCGCUCCCCUUAGUAGAUAUUACUGGCAGAUAAUUUCAGCCACUUACUUGUUCAUUCUAAGCAGAAACCAGUCACUGUCUUCAUGCCAGUCUGAGAGUUAGUGUGUGUAAGGAUGCGUGUGCUUGCAUGCCUGCGGGUGUGUUGCCACCAGUGGCACAGAGCUUAGGUUUGUCCCGUCUGCCAAACACAUUCCCAACUUUUCCCCCUCUUUCUCUCCAUCCACUGACUCUCCCCAUCAAAAGCACUUUUUUACCUUGAGAGUCUCUCUCUGUCUCUGUCUCUGUCUCUGUCUCUGUCUCUGUCUCUGUCUCUGUCUCUGUCUCUGUCUCUGUCUCUGUCUCUGUCCUGUCUCUGUCGUCUGUCUGUCUGUCCUCUCUCUCUCUCUCUCUCUCUCUCUCUCUCUCUCUCUCUCUCUCUCUGAACCAGUAAGAUUCUGAGUGUUUCCUUCCCAAGAUGCACCCGAAGGGGACAUCUCUCACUCAGAGAUCGAGGCUGUUAGUGUGUUCCCACGGGGCCAUGUGGCAGGGGAAGUGACAGCGUCCCUCUCUCUCUCUGUCACCCAAACAGGCCAUCAGCCACUCACUCAUGGCCAACCAGGGCUUUUUAGCUGGCGUCUUCUUUUUGUUUGUAUGCUCUGAGUAUUCAUUUAUUCAUGUGUCCCUUUCUUGUUUCUCUCCCCCUCUUUCUACCUCUCUUCCCCCCUCUCUGUACCUCUUUCUCCCCCCCCCCCCCCCCCUCCCCUUCCCCUUCCCCCUCCCCUCCCUGACCCUCCCUCCCUCUCUCUAUAGCAGCUGUAUGCGGCACAGCUGGCAGCGAUGCAGGUGUCUCCAGGGGCCAAACACAGCAGUAUGCCCCAGACAAACCUGAACACCCACUCUCCCACCAACACACACCAAGAGAAGAGCCGCAGCACCCCACCGCCCAAACCCAAGGUACGUACCUCUGUGUGUGUUUUAGAGGUUUUUUCUGGGGUAUUCAUUCACGCAUGUGUGUGUGUUCCUGCUUGUUUGAGGCUCUUUUUUUGCAUCCAGUACCUUUUGCAUCAAAAGCUACAGGCUGUCAACCAGUCAUCUGCUGGUACUAAUCGUUCUCCUGAAUAAACUUACCAAACAACUUCUCUGAAGUCUGAACCACUUACCCAACUUUGCUGGACACAAUUUCUCUGGCCCACUCUCAGCUCUGUAGUGGAGGUAUGAGCAAGGCAGUCAGCCAUGUGGCCGUUGGCAUGUGUGAGUGUGUGAACCUCACUCUCUGACCAUAGGGCUAUGGGGGUCUGUGGGGGGUCUGUGUCCGUCCAAGCGGAAUCUUACCUCCAUGAAUAUCUGUGUUGAAAAUGCAGUGAAAUGCCCUCAGCAGACCCCCAGGGCCCCACAGUGGAGUGGUCACUCCUUUCCUCUCUCUUUUCUUCACUCUGUCCAUCUCUCCUUCCCCCUCUACUCCCUGAUGAGUUGUAAUCUCAGACAGAGAGAGACAGCAUGUCCAUGGUAUAGAUUAAGAUCCUUGGCUGACCCCAGCUCUCGUGACUCCGCGAUAGUGUCUAUCGAUUCCCCACUGACACUGUCCUCCCUCCCGGCACACACACUGACACACACAAGCACACACACAUACACACUGACACACUGCCCCCCUACCACGUCCCCCUGACCCCCUCCCCUGCCCCCCUGUCUAAUGCAGUCUGGCUCUGACACCAGCCUCUCUUCUGGUCUCAUUACCAUAUAUAUGGAGUGGCCAGGGAGGCAACUGUGGUCCUAGCGGGGGGGAAGGUCAGCCGUAAUGGCCGACAGGCAGACAGCAGGACAGGGGAGUGGACACGCACUGCUCCCACCAGGUCACCAUGGAAAUGGCUAGACCACUCACUGGUUCCACUUCCACUCAGUGCUGUGGCCACCACAGUCUGUCACAGACCCACUGUCAGGGUUCCCUUUUCUACUGCUUUCUCUCACUCUAUCAGCCUUUAGUUACGACUGGCCCAUUAGUCUCUCUCAAUCUCAGCCCCAGUUGAUUUUUAGCCCUCAUUCUCUCUCUCUCUCUCUCUCUCCCCCUUCUCUUUCUCUCUCUCUCUCUCUCUCUCUCUCUUUAUCUUUCUCUUCCUAUGAUGGGGUGAGGAGGAGGGAGGAAGGUAGCUUUCAUGUAUAUUUUAGAGGUGCUCUCUGGUCUCUGUCAGGUCUCUGUUCAUUUAGAGGCUCUUGCUGUAGUGUAGAGGUUGGCUGGCUGGCUUGCUGGUCUGCUGUAGACAGAUGUUUGGACUGAGGCGCACCGCUUAAGUGCUUUACCCUGGAGGGGGGAGGUACAGGGACACACGGCUACUCAGGUAUGGCCUGCUGGGAACAACAACAUACACAUUCACACGCGCACACACAUACAUACACACACACACACACACUCACACACACUGCCACUGACUUAAAGUGAGUUCCCCGGAAGCCACAGCUAGCUUUAGAAUUUUGAAUGAAUGACUGUCCAUGUGACAGAAACCAUGACCACAACCACUGUUAUCUUACUGUCCACUACACUGUGACUGCAUCUGGCUCACUGGAACCAGAGAAAAAGUGGCCACCAGCUAUUAUAAGCACUGACCACGUCUAAACACAGACAUGACCAGAGAUAUAUUUUCCUCUUCCCAGAGACUUUCAUUCUUACACUCAGCAGGUUAGAAAAAGAGAGACAGGAGCUUUCUCCUGUAAGUCCAACUGUAUGAGCCCCUCUCCUCUCCUCUCCUCUCCUCUCCUCUCCUCUCCUCUCCUCUCCUCUCCUCUCCUCCCUCUCCUCUCCCCCUCUCCUCUCCCUCCUCCUCUCUCGCUAGCAAAAAGCUCGCCUCUCCCUCGCCUCUCCCCAACCUCUCCUCCUCAUCUCUCUCCCUCUCCUCAGUCCUCCUCCUCUCUCGCCUCUCCUCUCCUCUCCAUCUCCUCAUCCUCUCGCUCAUCCUCUUCCUCCUCCUCUCCUCUCCUCUUCUCACUCUCCUCCUCCUCUCCUCUCGCUCUCCUCUCUCGUCUCCCUCACCUCCACCUGCCUUCACCCAUCACCUCACUCACCUCAACCUCACCAUUCUGUCCUCUACCAUCCCUCCCCCGUCGUCCUCCCCUGCUCCAUCACCCUCGUCCUCAACCUUUCCCUCCCCUCCCCACCAAGUGUAUUUAACAGUGUGACUGUACAGUCGAUCAACCCUGCAGGGCACAGUGGGGGCUAGAGAGGUGUAAAUCUGUUCUGUGUGUGACCACAGAGACCCUGGCUUGGUGUGAGCUGAAGCAGACCUCAGCCCACCAGCCAUAGAGCAGACAGGCCUGUGAUAGAUGAAUGGCCACGGCACUUCACACGCACACACACACACUCACCCUGGUGAGGAUAGAUGGCGGUGGCACACACACUUGUCCUGGUAAUUGAACCGUCAGCGACCUGAUAAGAUACAGAGAGAUGAUUUCACUUUCACGUGUCAGCACUUCACUGGGGGUGAAAUACAGGAGAAGCACUGCCAUGCAUCCCUGUUACUAUCACUCCUUUACUCCUCUGUCUCUCUGUCUCUCUGUCUCUCUGUCUCUCUGUCUCUCUGUCUCUCUCACUCUCUCACUCUCUCACUCUCUCACUCUCUCAAUCUCUCACUCUCUCACUCUCUCUCUCAGUCUCUCUCUCGCACACGCUUUCUCUCUGUCGCUCUCUCUCUCUCUCUCUCUCUCUCUCUCUCUCUCUCUCUCUCUCUCUCUCUCUCUCUCUCUCUCUGUCUCUGUCUCUCUCUCUAUCUCACGCUUUCUCGCUGUCUCUCUCGCUCAUUCUCUCUCUCUCUAUCUCUCUCCCUCGGCCUCACACAGGUUAUCUGUCCUGAGGUUUAAAGCUCCUUGAACAAUGUCUAGCGCAGGCACUCAGACACACACACACAUGACGAGGCCCAAGCUUCUCAGAGCCUGAGUCUCAACUAAUUCCCCCAAUACACUGGUAUUAUCCAUGUUGGCAACUUCCCACCUAAGGAUUUGUCUCUUUACCAAAAGACCCCAAUCCAGAGCACUGGGAAGGGAGGAGAGGAGAGACAGAGGCAUUAUCUGUAAUAAAUAUUCACGACUCUCUUCUUCCUCCAUUCAGAGGUGAGUAAAGCCCACUGUACAAUAAUAUGGGUCAGGAUUCAAUAGUGAGAGCAUGUGAGCAGCUCUUACUAAUGUUAACUCUAUUGUCUCCCAGCCUAGUGAAGACAUAUUUGGGGGUCCCUGCUUUCACACAGAUAUCUCUAAUGAGGGGAAUCCUGUUACAAUACAGACAGACAGAGAGAGAGACAGAGCGAGAGUGAGGUCUUAAUUGAGUUGUGGAAAGCUCAUAAUCAGACAAAGUCACUAUUAGCAGCCAUAUUACACAGCAUCCCUCCGCUGGCUUGCCUCUGAAGCUAAGCAGGAUUGGGCAUGGUGGAUCCCUGGAUGAAUAAAAUCCUAGUUCAGGGGUAGGCCACUAGAUUCAGCAGCAGACAAUUUUUGUCAGAGCGGGUGGUCGUGGGGCCGGAACAUAAUAAUAAUCAUUUGUACACUGCAAAUGACCACAAGUAAGCCCAAAAAGAGAUUGCAUUUGAAAAUAACCUAAUAAUUGAAUAGCUUGAUUACAUUGAGACAGAAUCACAUACUGUAUGUCUCUCUUUUUAUUCGUGAGAAUACUUGGGAACAGAUUUCCUAAAUUAAAAUAAUUGUACGAUUCAUUCCUGGUGAUUUUACAGUAUUUUCUGACCAAAAACUAAAAUACCCCCCAAAAAAAAGAACUGUUGGGGGGCCCAAAAAACAAAUUGCGGGCCGGUUUUGGCCAGCGGUCCGUUUGUUACCGACCCCUGUUCUAGAUGUAUUCCUAGCUAACCAUGGAUACUUUACCCCCUGUUGUGUGUGAGUGUUAAUUGUUGUGUUUUAAUCAGACAGAGUGGCUGUGUACAUCUGGCCAUCUCGCCGUGAUCUAACACACAUCCACCCUGGGUUUGAGGCUUGAUGCUCCUACUGUUGUCUACUGCUGUUGUCUUCCUCAAGUCUACCAAUAUACUGCUGAAACUCAACAGGUCACACCUCUCAGAGAGUCUUUACACGUUGCCUUAUAAUAUACAAAAAAAAACAAGCAUUUUUCUAUAUCCUUGUUUUUUCCAUCCACAUUCUUAUGAGCUAUUGUAAAAGCUCUCAGCUGGACUUAAUGGGCGACCUUGAAGAGGUUAAGUGUCUGAUAGGGGCUCUUAUGGUGUCCUUGUGAAGCAUAGUAUGCCUCGUGUGCUGUGGAUAAUAUAUUUUAUAAGUGUGCUAUGCGUGUCCUCUUCUGUGUGGCAUGUGCACGACUCACGAGCAUGAAUUCUCACCUUGAGGCAUGGCAUGUCCAGUACCUCUUUCAGGAGGCGGAGAAUGUGCAUGGCUCUCGUCCCAGGCAUGGGGAAAUGUAUAUGGUGAUGAACAAGCAAAGCAACAUACAGUAUGUAUUUUAGCUUUGUGAAUCUCAUCCUGUGGUUUGAGCAGAUGGGCCACAUGUUUGCCCACUCUGCCUUGCUGUAGAAUCCAAUCCAAGCCUUCUGAUUGGGCAUACGUCUGAGGUGAUCCUCAGUGAUUGGUUGAACCCACCCAGCGACCACUAGGCCACAACUGGUGUGUUUUGAUUUUGCAGGACGAGGGUGCUCAGCCCCUGAACCUGUCGUCCAAGCCUAAGACAGCAAGCGAGAGCAAGUCACCCACCUCCCCCGCUUCCCCACAGGUCCCCACCAUGAAGCUGGGCCACCAUAGCACCGGAUUAAUGAAACACAGCACAGCCCCCUCCAGCAUCGGAGGACCACCUUCCAGAGUCAGCUCCAUAGGUAAGGGACUGCACCCACUCACCAUGCAUAUAUACAUUGAAAAUAACACACACAUACAUACACAGUGCAUUCGGAAAGUAUUCAGACCCCUUCACUUUUUCAAAAACAAAAUUACGUUACAGCCUUAUUCUAAAAUGGAUUAAAAAAAAAAAAAUGUCCUCAUCAAUCUACACACAAUACCCCAUAAUGGCAAAGUGAAAACAGGUUUUUAGAAUUUUUUGCACAUUUUUUAUUUUUUUUAUUUUUAAAUGCCUAAUUUAGAUAACUAUUCAGACCCUUUGCUAUGAGACUCGAAAUUGAGCUCAGGUGCAUCCUGUUUCCAUUGAUCAUCCUUGAGAUGUUUCUACAACUUGAUUGGAGUCCACCUGUGGUAAAUUCAAUUGAUUGGACAUGAUUUGGAAAGGCACACGCCUGUCUAUGUAAGGUCCCACAGUUGACCGUGCAUGUCAGAGCAAAAACCAAGCCAUGAGGUCGAAGGAAUUGUCCGAAGAGCUCAGAGACAGGAUUGUGUCGAGGCACAGAUCUGGGGAAGGGUACCAAAACAUUUCUGCAUGACUGAAGGUCCCCAAGAACACAGUGCCCUCCAUCAUUCUUAAAUGGAAGAAGUUUUGAACCACCAAGACUCUUCCUAGAGCUGGCCAAUCGGCCAAACUGAGCAAUCGUGGGAGCAGGGCCUUGGUCAGGGAGGUGACCAAGAACCCAAUGGUCACUCUGACAGAGCUCCAGAGUUCCUCUGUGGAGAUUGGAGAACCUUCCAGAAGGACAACCAUCUCUGCAGCACUCCACUAAUCAGGCCUUUAUGGUAAAGUGGCCAGAUGGAAGCCACUCCUCAGUAAAAGGCACAUGACAGCCCACUUAGAGUUUGCCAAAAGGCACCUAAAGGACUCUCAGACCAUGAGAAACAAGAUUGAACUCUUUGUCCUGAAUGCCAAGCACCACGUCUGGAGUAAACCAGGCACCGCUCAUCACCUGGCCAAUACCAUCCCUACGGUGAAGCAUGGUGGUGGCAGCAUCAUGCAGUGGGGAUGUUUUUCAGCGGCAGGGACCGGGAGACUAGUCAGAAUCGAAGGAAAGAUUAACGAAGCAAAGUACAGAGAGAUCCUUGAUGAAAACCUGCUCCAGAGCGCUCAGGACCUCAGACUGAGGCGAAGGUUCACCUUCCAACAGGACAACAACCCUAAGCACACAGCCAAGACAACGCAGGAGUGGCUUCGGGACAAGUCUCUGAAUGUCUUUGAGUGGCCCAGCCAGAACCCUGGACUUGAACCCAAUCAAACAUCUCUGGAGAGACCUGUAACUAGCUGUGCAGCGAAGCUCCCCAUUCAACCAGACAGAGCUUGAGAGGAUCUGCAGAGAAGAAUGGGAGAAACUCCCCAAAUACAGGUGUGCCAAGCUUGUAGCGUAGCGUAGGGCGGCAGGUAGCUUAGUGGGUAAGAGCGUUGUGCCAGUAACCGAAAGGUCGCUGGUUCUAAUCCACGAGCCGACUAGGUGAAAAAUCUGUCGAUGUGCCCUUAAGCAAGGCACUUAACCCUAAUUGCUCCUGUAAGUCGCUCUGGAUAAGAGCGUCUGCUAAAUGACUAAAAUGUAAAUGUUAUACCCAAGAAGACUAAAGUCUGUAAUCGCUGCCAAAGGUGCUUCAACAAAGUACUGAGUAAAGGGUCUGAAUAAUUAUGUAAAUGUUAUCUUUUUUUAUUUUAUUUUAUACAUUUGCAAAAAAUUGUAUAAAAACCAGUUUUUUCUUUUGUCAUUAUGGGGUAUUGUGUGUAGAUUGAUGGGGUGGGGGGAGUGAAUGGGAAAAUGUGGAAAUAGUGAAUGGGUCUGAAUACAUUCCGAAUGUAUGUGGGUGUGUAUACAGUAUAUAUAUAUAUAUAUAUAUAUAUAUAUAUAUAUAUAUAUAUAUAUAUAUAUAUAUAUAUAUACACAGUAUAUAUACACAGUAUAUAUACACAGUAUAUAUACACAGUAUAUAUACACACACCCACACACACUUAACUAUGUACAAACAGAGAGAAGACACUUUACAGACACGGCACAUUACACACACUUUUAUGUUGUACUAUUUUUAGUAGUAGUGGUAGUAAUACAAUAAUAAUAAUAAUAAUAAUAACAAUAAUAAUAUUAGUAGUAGUAGCAGAUGUUUUAAGUAAUAACUAUGUACAUUAAUGCGAUUUAAUUCAUGUAUUGACAUCAUGUGAUUUAUUUCACUCACAUCACCAUUAAGUCGUUUUUUAAGUCAUUUAUUCAUGCUACACUGAUAGUUCACUGACUACAACGUGUGUUCACACAUGUAAAUAUGCUAUAAUUAGGGUUUUCCCAUUGUGUACGCCUGUAGGGUAUAUUAUUGUGAAGCGUUUAUUAGCAACUGAGAGAGGCAGGGAUGGUUAAGAGGGGGUUUGAAUAGGAGGAGGAGGAGGUGGAGGAGGAGGAGGAGGUGGAGAGAUGGAGGAGUGUGAAGGGAGGAGGGGAAAUGGAGUGAUGGAAGAGGAGAGAUGAAGGAGUGUGUUUUUCAGAUGAAUAGAGUAGCUGUGUGACAGACAGGACAUAUCAGAGAUGAGAUUAGACAAGCCUCUUACAGAACGGUACACACACACACACACACACACACACACACACACACACACACACACACACACCGCAAGGCUAUUAUAAACACACGGCACGGCUGUUAGAACUCACACACAAACACACACACACACAGCUAUUAUAAUACACACACACAUUCUAAUACACACACCCCUCUCCAUUUCUAACUUGUAUUCUUUCUAAUCUCAGUGUUUUUCAACAAAUCACAGGAUUUAAUAGCAGAUUAGUGGAUUUACAUCCCAGAUGUUUUUUGUUCUGAAAAAUGGAUUAGGUUGUAAAGUUUCAGACGGAACAUGUUGAGGCAAGCCGUUCAAUUUAGAUCACAAUGAUUGUCUGCCUGCUGCCACGGCACACAGUCUGUUUCCAUCUGUUCCUGUUCGAGUGUUUACCAGGUCAGAAGAAGAUUCAUGUUGUUAGCUAUUGCAGUCAAACACGGAGAGACAGGGAGUUAUGACAUGAAAUGGAUUUAAUAACACAUGUUUAUUAUUCAUUGGUUGUGUGUAUGUGUGCGUGCGUGCUUCUCUCUGUCCAGUCUCAUCACAGCAUCUGUCCUUGACUUCCAUCAGUCUGUCUCCCACAAUUCCGAUCUCUCCACAAUAACAGUCUGAGAGAGUCUGAUCUGAAGGACUGAACUCUGAAAGCCUGUCAGUGUCUGUGACCUCUACUGCUGAGACCCACUCUGUGUGACUCUCUAAUUUCAACAGUGUGUGGCCACUCUGAUGCGUUAGUGCCAGGGCAGAGCAGAGUGAGGGGCAGGGUAGGGUAGAGUUUGGGCUCACUGUUGGCCCCAGCCCUCCUAUCUGGGUCAUGCCUAGGUUGGCAAUCAGAUACACAAGGACACACACACAGUACACACAUGUGCACACGCACACACACACACACACACACACACACACACAUUAAAAGAGAGAAGAACGCAGACCCAGUCCAUCUCUGCUCACACACACACACACGUUCAUAUCCCCUAUUUCUAUCCACACAAACACACACACACAUUGAAUGCAGAUUAAAACCCACUACCAUCCAGCAAGCCAGCCAUCACAGCCCACCUCAGCGGUCUCUCUCUCUCUCCAGCCCUCUGCAUCCGAUUUUGCCGUUAUAACUUCUGAAAGAGUUCACUCCUCUGUCAUUACAAAUCUGAGAGCGUAAUCUGCCCUGAGAUGGCAUUAGCAGGAGGGAUUAGUGAUAGAUAAAGGGCCAUAAGCUUGGAGCAGCUCUUUGUUAGAGAUAACCCAGAGAUGGGGAGAGAGCGAUAGCACGGCCUCCCUCAUCCCUCCAUCCCUCCAUCCCUCCAUCCCUCCGCUAAGCCGCUGCAAUAAUGCAAAUAACAACGCUGAAAAGAAGUAGAGAAUCAUCUUUGAUAUGCGUUGGGCAGAUGUUUCCGGACGGGCAAAUUAGCAGGAUUUUGGAUUUAAUAGGAGUAAUCUUUCCGGGAUGCUGCCUGCCUGCGCUUUUCUACUCUUCAAAGAAUUCCAUGAGCUUUUGGAUGAAAAAAAUGAAUGGACAGUGAGGGAAUGUGUGUGUUUGUGAGUGUGGACAGGCAGGCGGAAAGGAGGUGUGUGUGUGUGUGUUUGUGUGUGUGCAACCACGCAUGCGUGUGUGUGUAUUUGUGUAAAAAAAACUGCAUCCCCUUUCAGGAGGACUGCUGGAGAGAAAAAAAUAGGAGCUUUUAAAUAAAUUUGAAUGAUGUGGAGAUUGGAGAUUUGAGGGAUUGGGCUUUAGAUGGUCUGUCAGGAUGCCUGUGCACACUGUGCUUACUGUUCUACAUGUGUUUCUAUCUGCCGCUGGGUGGGAGUGACAUUCACCACGGCAAAUAACAUCCAGACUUAAAAUGGCCCCUGUAUUGCUAGUGACAGAACUGCUGUGAAGAGACAGUGGCAGUGUUUUGACAGGGGUGUGAGUGUGUGUGGGUGCGUGCGUGCAUGCGUGUGAUCUGAAGGCCUCUGUCUCUCAGUGGAGGCUAAGAGAGCGCAGACCUGGCCACAGGUACAAACUGAGUCACACACACAGCCUUAGCAGUCAACUGGUCAGUCUGUGUCUGGGUGUUUGUGCGACUGCAUGUACGGGUGUUUCCCCUCUGGUUGUGUGUAUGGUCAUGUUUUUACCGUACCUCACAGUGGUUAAGGACAGUGUUUAUUCUGGAUGGCCUUAGAGACUAUUUACCUCCAAAUAGUUUAUCUCUUAAAGAGCUGGAGUGAUCUGCAAUCUGACAAACAGAGACAUACAGUACAAGUUUCCAUUUACAGUUGAACAAUAACGUUCUAUUCUAUUCUAUUUUUAUUCAAUUUUUUUGGUAUAUACAGUUGAAGUCGGAAGUUUACAUACACUUAGGUUGGAGUCAUUAAAACUCGUUUUUCAACCACUCCACAAAUUACUUGUUAACAAACUAUAGUUUUGGCAAGUCGGUUAGGACAUCUACUUUGUGCAUGACACAAGUAAUCUUUCCAACAAUUGUUUACAGACAGAUUAUUUCACUUAUAAUUCACUGUAUCACAAUUCCAGUGGGUCAGAAGUUGACGGUGCCUUUAAACAGCUUGGAAAAUUCCAGAAAAUGAUGUCAUGGCUUUAAAAGCUUCUGGUAGGCUAAUUGACAUCAUUUGAGUCAAUUGGAGGUGUACCUGUGGAUGUAUUUCAAGGCCUACCUUCAAACUCAGUGCUUCUUUGCUUGACAUCAUGGGAAAAUCAAAAUAAAUCAGCCAAGACCUCAGAAAUACAAUUGUAGACCUCCACAAGUCUGGUUCAUCCUUGGGAACAAUUUCCAAACGCCUGAAGGUACCACGUUCAUCUGUACAAACAAUAGUAUGCAAGUAUAAACACCAUGGGACCACACAGUCAUCAUACCGCUCAGGAAGGAGACGCGUUCUGUCUCCUAGAGAUUAACGUACUUUGGUGCAAAAAGUGCAAAACAAUCCCUGAACAACAGCAAAGGGCCUUGUGAAGAUGCUGGAGGAAACAGGUACAAAAGUAUCUAUAUCCACAGUAAAACAAGUAAUAUAUCAACAUAACCUGAAAGGCCGCUCAGCAAGGAAGAUACCACUGCUCAAAAACCGCCAUAAAAAAGCCAGACUACAGUUUGCAACUGCACAUGGGGACAAAGAUCGUACUUUUUGGAGAAAUGCCCUCUGGUCUGAUUAAACAAAAAUAGAACUGUUUGGCCAUAAUGACCAUCGUUAUGUUUGGAGGAAAAAGGGGGUACUUGCAAGCAGAACACCAUCCCAACCGUGAAGCACGGGGGUGGCAGCAUCAUGCUGUGGGGGUGCUUUGCUGCAGGAGGGACUGGUGCACUUCACAAAAUAAAUGGCAUCAUGAGGAAGGAAAAUGAUGUGGAUAUAUUGAAGCAACAUCUCAAGACAUCAGUCAGGAAGUUAAAGCUUGGUCGCAAAUGGGUCUUCCAAAUGGACAAUGGCUUAAGGACAACAAAGUCAAGGUAUUGGAGUGGCCAUCACAAAGCCCUGACCUCAAUCCUAUAGAAAAGUUGUGGGCAGAACUGAAAAAGCGUGUGCGAGCAAGGAGGCCUACAAACCUGACUCAGUUACACCAGCUCUGUCAGGAGGAAUGGGCCAAAAUUCACCCAAUUUAUUGUGGGAAGCUUGUGGAAGGCUACCCGAAACGUUUGACCCAAGUUAAACAAUUUAAAGGCAAUGCUACCAAAUACUAAUUGAGUGUAUGUAAACUUCUGACCCACUGGGAAUGUGAUGAAAUAAAUAAAACCUGAAAUAAAUAAUUCUCUCUACUAUUAUUCUGACAUUUCACAUUCUUAAAAUAAAGUGGUGAUCCUAACUGACUUAAGACAGGGAAUUUUUACUAGGAUUAAAUGUCAGGAAUUGUGAAAAACGGAUUUUAAAUGUUUUUGGCUAAGGUGGAUGUAAACUUCCGACUUCAACUGUAUAUGAUUUAAUUCAAACUAAAAUACACACAAAUAAAUUACAAAAAAAAACAGAAUUCCUGAUAUUUCCCCUCAUUUAGUUUUUAUUAGGAACAUGCUCUCCUGUGUGUCUGUGUGUCUGUGUGUCUGUGUGUCUCUCCAGACCUGUUGUCAUCCCUGUCCUGUCAUCCAGUCUCUAAUAUUAACAUAUCCUCUUCUCUGUGUCUGUCUCUCUCCCUCAUCAGACCUGCUGUCAUCCCUGUCCUCGGGGGGCUAUCUGAAUGACCAUGAGGCUGUGACCAAGGCUUUCGCUGAGGCCAGGCAGAUGAAGGAGCAGCUGAAGAGAGAACAGCAGGUGUUGGACGCCAAGGUGGCCGCUGUCAACAACCUCAGCCUCAACAACGGACGCUCCGACAAGGUCAGAUAUGUUAGUACAUCCCUAACCUUCCAAGUAUUAUUUUUUAAACACAACCACAUGCCUUCUGUCCUCAUACAUUACUUAUGUUGUAUUAACAGGAUAUAAUCCUGUAUCCUGACCUUGGAUUUAAGAAAUAGGAAUAAAUUCCCCUCUAGAAAAGUAGCUACAUUAUGAUAAAAAAAUAAAAAUAAUAAUAAUAAUAAUAACAAAAUAAAAAUGAACCAGCACUUGCACUAGACAACCCCUCCCCUUUUCAAGCUCUGACCCUACUUAUAGCUACUUUGUUGAGGAAACAUUCACUUUCCAUUACACUUUCUAUGCCUGUGAUAUGUGGUUGUCCCACCUAGCUACAGUAUCAUAAAAUGAAUGCACUACUGUUAAGUCUGCUAAAUGACAAAAAUGUAAAAUAUAUAUAUAUAUAUAUACAGUGAGGAAAAAAAUAUUUAAUCCCCUGCUGAUAUUGUACGUUUGCCCACUGACAAAGAAAUGAUCAGUCUAUAAUUUUAAUGGUAGGUUUAUUUUAACAGUGAGAGACAGAAUGACAUCAAAAAAAUCAUGGAUGUUUCCACCUCCAUGUUUGACGGUGGGGGUGGUGUUCUUGGGGUCAUAGGCAGCAUUCCUCCUCCUUCAAACACGGCGAGUUGAGUUGAUGCCAAAUAGCUCCAUUUUGGUCUCAUCUAACCACAACACUUUCACCCAGUUCUCCUCUGAAUCAUUCAUGUUCAUUGGCAAACUUCAGAUGGGCAUGUAUAUGUGCUUUCUUGAGCAGGGGGACCUUGCGGGCGCUGCAGGAUUUCAGUCCUUCGCGGCGUAGUGUUACCAAUUGUUUUCUUGGUGACUAUGGUCCCAGCUGCCUUGAGAUCAUUGACAAGAUCCUCCUGUGUAGUUCUGGGCUGAUUCCUCACCGUUCUCAUGAUCAUUGCAACUCCACAAGGUGAGAUCUUGCAUGGAGCCCCAGGCCGAGGGAGAUUGACAGUUAUUUUGUGUUUCUUCCAUUUGCGAAUAAUCGCACCAACUGUUGUCACCUUCUCACCAAGCUGCUUGGCGAUGGUCUUGUAGCCCAUUCCAGCCUUGUGUAGGUCUACAAACUUGUCCCUGACAUCCUUGGAGAGCUCUCUGGUCUUGGCCAUGGUGGAGAGUUUGGAAUCUGAUUGAUUGAUUGCUUCUGUGGACAGGUGUCUUUUAUACAGGUAACAAACUGAGAUUAGGAGCACUCCAUUUAAGAGUGUGCUCCUAAUCUCAGCUCGUUACCUGCAUAAAAGACACCUGGGAGCCAGAAAUCUUUCUGAUUGAGAGGGGGUCAAAUACUUAUUUCCCUCAUUAAAAUGCAAAUAAAUGUAUAACAUUUUUGACAUGCGUUUUUCUGGAUUUUUUUGUUGUUAUUCUGUCUCUCAUUGUUCAAAUAAACCUACCAUUAAAAUUAUAGACUGAUCAUUUCUUUGUCAGUGGGCAAAUGUACAAAAUCAGCAGGGGAUCAAAUACUUUUUUCCCUCAUUGUAUAUUUGUACUGCAAUGCACUAUAUUAUCCUACAAUGUGGUGUAAUAUGAUACAAUAUGUUGGAAUUUAAUGUAAUAUUCUAGUAUAAUUUACCUUUAUAAAAUAUAUUACAACACAUUACCACACAAUAUUGUGUAAUAUGAUAUAAUAUGAUACAUUAAGAUGAAAUGUAAUUCAGCAUUAUGUCGGUAUAUAUUGAAACGGUCUACAUAAUUGUCAAUAACCUGUGCAAUAAGAGCAGUAAAGGUACAUUAGUCAGCUAGAGGAACCCUUGGCUGAGGUAAUGAGUGUGUGUGUGUCUGUGAGGCGUGCUCGGGGCAGGUUGGGUGUUGGGGGAGGCUGGAGGAAGCGGGGGAGGUAGGGGAUGCAGGAGGAGGGCCGGGGAGCCUGCUAGCGAAGCGUAGAGGAGAAGCUAAUACGAAGUGACGGCGCCUGCUUCUCGGCAGCGUGGCUAAAUUGUGGUUAUUUGUUAAACACACUGGGAGUCAGCUGGUGCACACGCAGAGGCACACACACACACAAGCACAGCAGCGCGUUGGAUCUUAAAGAGCAUCUGCACUGCUGACAUUCAACAGCUCUCUCUUCUCUCUCUCUCUCUCUCCUCUCUCUGUCUCUCUCUCCUCCAUCCCUCUUUGAUCCUCUCUCUCUCUCUCUCCUUCUCUCUCCUCCUUUCUCUCUCCCCUCCUCUCUCUCUCUCUCCUCUCUCGUCUCUCUCUCCCAUCUCUCUCUCUCUCUCUCUCCCCUCUCUCGCUCUCUCUCCGUCUCGUCUCUCAUCUUUCACCGUCUCAUACUCUAAAAUGCAUAUCUUCCUUUAAAGCAACGUAAUUAUUCAGAGUUGACUUUCAAUGUGAACCCCAUGCCGUAGCUCCUAGGGACUCUGACCUCCAACUCUCUCUCCCAGUCUCUCCCUCUCCCCUCUAAUUCAUUCUCGAUACGAUGACAUCUCUUUCCCUAUCCUCUUGGUCUCCGCCUUCAUUAAUCCAGCCUCUCCAAAAUAAAAGGGUUUUCUCUCCUUCACCCUCCAUUUGGUCCCCCCUCCCUCCUCCUGGUUCCCCUCAUUCCUUUUCCCUCGUUUCUCCACUCUCUUCUUUCCACCUUCCUUUAUACCCCUUAAAGGUCUUUUCUCUCCCCGCUCUUCCCCCUCUCGGGUUUAUCGUUAUUGCUCAUUGCCUCCUCCAUCCCAGGGGAUCUGGGCCUUUUGGCAAAAUCUCCCACAUGCCCCGUCUCCCUUUUCAUUUCAGGGGGCUUUGCCUUUCUAAGGGUCCCCCAUCUCUGUCCCUUUUCCCCCCUCCCUUUCUCUCUCUCCCCUCUUCCCUCUUUACUUUCAUUCCUCCCCAAAAAUUCUCUACCUUUUUCAUUGGCUUUCCCCUCCUCCUAAAUUGGCAUCAUUUGUGAAAUUAAUCCCCUUUUGUCCCAUUAUUUUUUCUUCUUUUUCCUUUCCCUUCCCAGUUGUCUGGAAAAGGUAAAGAAAUUGAAGGGGUUUAAAUGUGGUCUAAGGGUUUUCUGGAGGGGGUGGGGACUCGGGGAUUUGGGUUUGGGGGUUUGCGGGCGUGUCGGGUUGGAGUAAGUGGGGGGGGAGAGGGGAAGGUGGUGGAGAAGGGGGGGGCUCUAACGAGGAGAAGAAAGGCGCCUCUCGGCAGCUUUAAAAUUUUUUUUAACCCGGAUCAUUUGCCCCUCGGGAACCCCACAACACGGGUCUUAAAUUUAACUGUUUUGGGAGAAAUUUCGGGGGGGCCCGAACGAAAUCGGAGAGCCCCAAAAAGGGAGAAAAACCCCCCCCUCUCUCUCUCUCUCCCUCUCUCUCUUCCAUCCUUCCUCUCUCCUGACACAUUUACAGUCUCAUACCUAAAAUGGACAAUCUUGCAUUUAAAGCAAGUAAUUUAUUCAGAGUUGACUUUCAAUGUGAACCCCAUAGCCGUAGCUCCAUAGGGACCUGACACGUCCACUACUCUCUGCCCAGCUCUCCCCUAAUCCUCUGGGGUUAUAAUUGUCCUGAUUGCUGGGUGGAUGGAUGAAGCUGGAUGAACAACAAUAGAAUAAUCAUCCUCUGCUUCUCUCAGUCUCAGUCCUCUAUAGUGUAAAAUAGAGCAGACCAUGGCCAGCUGAUUUCUAACACAUGAAUAGAACAAUGUGGAGGUUGUCUACUAUACUAUAACUCUGACUGAAGGUUACCUCUGUAGCACAUGGUGCCUGCGUUUUGCGUUCAGUUUGUUAAACAACUUCCAUACCUCAACUUAUUCUCAACUCUGACAUUGUUUGGUCCUAAAAAUUAUAGAUCCUCAAUCAGUAGUACCUUAAGUGGUUAUUGAUAUCAGUAAACCAUUCUUCAACCCUUUAAAUGGUUUGGGAUUGAUUGGCUUUGAGGUUGCAGUGAACAUUCCAUACAUACAAUGACACAGACACUGAUCAAUACUAGCAGUGUUUCAAUAUCUGGGACAGGGAGUUAUCUAGUGUCACUUAUUUCGCCUGCAAGUCAUCUCUGCAGCAUUUUUCCCUGAAAUAGUUUCACGCAGACAAAUCCCUUUCUCACACUUGUUCUCUUUCUUUAUCACUGUCUCCACUCUCUCUCCUCCUCUCUCUGUCUCUCUCGUUCCCUCUCUUUAGCGAUUAUAUUUAUUCAAAUCUGAUGAAUUAUCUCAGCUGAACAAUUAAAUUGUAGUGCUGUAAAACAGCGACAUGCAUUUCAUUAGGCUGGUGCCAGUCUGUCUGGGUCAUCUUCUAAUGGUUAGGCCAGGGCUGGAGUGUUGUUUUUAAAGAUGCACCGCUUUUGGGAUGGAUUCUAAUCGUAUAAUUAAGCUAUAAAUGCAGGCGUGUGUGUGGAGCGUCUCUCUCUCUCUAAUGGAUCGACCCCAAGGGCCUCACAGAGAGGGAGAGAGACAUCCAGCAUAACCAUGCAGGUGGCUGCUGGGAUAUAACACACACACACAUACACAGUCAUUCCCAUACACACACACAUCCAAUCAGAGCAGAUGGACACAAACAUAAUCUCAACGUCGUCAGCUGUUACCUGUUUUAGUGCCAGUCUUGCCCUCUGCCCCCCUUGUCUCCACCCUGCCACAUAGACAGGCUGGUUACAGACCAGAGCACAAUGCUUUAGUGCCAACUAACUAUGCCCUCUGCCCCCACUAAGCAAGCCUAACAACACAGGUACACACACCCUCUGACACACAUCCAACAUACAGUAUCUACAUGUGCUAAUCAAUAGCUUUAUAGCCUGGUUAUUGACUGAUAUGUUCACCUAACGUGUUGAUUGACUGACGCCUGUAUCUCUCUCCCCCCUGAGAACAAAGCAGUCUAAUGUGUCUAAAGAUUGAUUGAUUGUCUAUAGAUACUUGAUUGAUUGGUUUCCAUGUUGACUGACUGAUUGACUGACUGUUUGUCUCUCUCCUCUCCAGGACAAGGCAGCUCUGGAGAGUCUGAGCCACCAGCUGAAGCAGCAGUCAGAGGACAGAGAGAAGUUCAGCCACGCCAUGAUGGACUUCACCAUGAGUGGAGACUCAGAUGGUAUGUGUUUGUGUGUGUGUGUGUGCACAAACAUGCGUUUGUACUUUGUCUUAAACAGUGUGUGUGUGUGUGUGUCUAAGACUGUAUGCAUAUAUGAAUAAGUGUGUUUGAUUGUGUUAAUGUAUGUGUAUACAUCCCCCUCCUCUCCCACAGGCAGCCCCAGUGUGUCUGAUUCCAGGAUGUUCCGUGAGGCCCGGGGCCGAGGCAACAGCGAACCGCACAUUAAACGACCCAUGAAUGCUUUCAUGGUCUGGGCAAAGGAUGAGAGGAGGAAGAUUCUCCAGGCUUUCCCCGACAUGCACAACUCCAACAUCAGCAAAAUCCUCGGUAAGACUAAGACCCCCUCCAGACAAGGAGAGGAGGGAAAGGGGGGUGUGAGAGGGGAGAGAAGGAGUGUGCCUGCCUUUCAGGGAAGAAUAGAGAGAGAGUGGAAGAUGGAAGACAGGGGGAGAGAGAGGCAUGAGAAUGAGCUGAUCCCUUGUGGUGUGGCCAGGCUGCGCUCUCUCUCUCUCUCUCUCUCUCUCUCUCUCUCUCUCUCUCUCUCUCUCUCUCUCUCUCUCUCUCUCUCUCUCUCUCUCUCUCUCUCUCUCUCUCUCUCUCUGUGUUUCCUCAGGCGCAGAAGAAUACAUGAUCUCUCUGCCCUCUCCCCCUCAACUCCUCUCUAUGGAAAUUACUUCUCCAUGUACUUAGUUAUGUACAUGUGUGUAUGCAUGCUUGCCUGCCUGCUUUCUUGUGUGUGUGUUUCUCUAUUCCCUUCCUCCCUAGCUACACCACAUCAGUACUCAGUCAUUGUCACUGUGCUCUGUGUGGCCCCUAUCGCACACCGUACCUCCGUCUCUCUUUGUGACAGCAGCACUCUGAUUGACAGUAUCUUUUGUCCCGUUCUUAUCUUUGGUUGCCUGAACAUCUGUAGUGUAGUUAGCUAGCAGUGCUACUGAGACGGAGGGCUGUGAACCUAGCGGGGUCCCCAGAGACACACAACGUCUAAGGCUGGGAGAGAGACGCGACACAAUCCACAUACACGCACACACACACACACGACACACACACACACACACACACACACCGUUCCCUGUUCCUCACAAGAAGCGGUAUUGUGGAACUAGCUCUUAAUGACUAGCUCUGGAGAGUGAACGGAGAGCUCCAACAAUGAUGAUAUAAUUCAUUAUGCAUUAAACAAGCACUCCAGUCUGUGACAUUCUCCCCAGACCUCUGGGAUUGUGUUUGACAUUUUAAAGACCUCCUAAACGUUUUAUAACACAGGGAAAUCUGGUUUUAAUAAGGGCCUGCUCUCGAUUGUUAACAGAAGGAGUUUCCUAUUCCAGCAGGGAAGGUAAAGUAGUGUGGUAGCUAACCAGGCCAGCACAGACAGCUUUUAACCAUUAACAUGCAGUAGGAGCAAGAGUGUAAAUUCAGCCCAGAUACACACACACCCCACCACACACACUGGGGCCAGAUCACGAUAGACACACAUGCAUGCUUAUACACUGCAGCCAGAUACACUGUAAAGAGCCAGAUUGGAGAAGAUGUGUUUUGGUGGUUUAGAAUUUGGUAGGUCUUCUGCAAAGAGGCUGUGAACAUAUUGUACGUAUUGUAUUUAAAUACAAUUGCGUGCAUGCUUGCUGUGUGCUUGCUUGUGUGCCUGCUUGCAUGCUUAUGUGUGUCGGUGUGUGUGUCUGCUUGCACGCUCGUGUGUGUGUGUGUUAAUAAGGUCAAUGAGGACAGACAGAGUGAGGUAAUCAUUUUGAACUCUAAUGAUGAGAUGAGCACAGUGAACGAGGACGACACUUAACCUGCUUUCAACUCGCUCUCCCUCGCUCUCUCCCUCCCUCUCUCUCCCCCUCUCCCUCUCCCUCUCUCCCUCUACCAUCCUCCCUCUCUCUCCAGGUUCUCGUUGGAAGUCCAUGACUAACCUAGAGAAGCAGCCAUACUAUGAGGAGCAGGCCAGGCUGAGCAAGCAGCACCUGGAGAAGUACCCUGACUACAAGUACAAACCCCGGCCCAAACGAACCUGUCUGGUGGACGGGAAGAAGCUGAGGAUUGGAGAGUACAAGGCCAUUAUGAGGAACCGCCGGCAGGAGAUGAGACAGUACUUCACUGUGGGGUGAGUGAGUAACCAACUAAAACCACACACACACAAACUUCCGACUGUGGGAUAAAGUAUUUCCUCGCAAGGAGUUUUUUCUAAAACUUUUCUUUGUGGUCUGAGUUUACUAUAAAGCACGUUGUGUCAACAGUUGACUGUAAAAAUAGCUAUAUAAAUGCAUUUGAUGGAUUUAAUUUUAUUCAUCCAGAUUUCUACAUUAUAUUAUGUUAUUAUACUGUACUAACUGUUGUAUUGUGUUUUUCUCCAGACAACAGGCCCAGCUGCCCCUGUCCUCGGCGGGCGUGGUGUACCCAGGUGCCCUCUCCAUGGCAGGUUUGCCCUCCCCCCAGAUGCCCUCGGAGCACUCCUCACUGUCCAGCAGCCCCGAACCUGCCGCCCCACCCCUCCAGACCCCCUACCACCCCAGCCUCAAGGGAGACGAGACCCGAGUCAAACAGGAGGAGCUGCGAUUGGACGACAGCAACGGUGAUGCGUACGACGACUUUGAUUAUGAGGACGAGGAGGGAGAUUAUGGAAGUGAUAACGACAACCACCAAUAAUCUGGAAGCAGAGCGAAUCAGAAUCAGAUACCCAGCUUCUUGCUGGAAACACCCCCGUCCGUCCACCAAUCCUGAGAGACUAUCCGUCCCUUAUAUCCAAUCACAUUCAAUGUCACAAACCUCGCCCUCCUUUACCCCUUAACCAACAAGGACUCUGGGAUCUCAGAGCCAAGCCCCUCCCAUUGGAAUCCCGAUACCAGCAACCGACCAAUGAAAUCAAGCACAGGACCUGUCACUCACACUGACUGUUACACCGACUGGAGUCUAGGAGGAGAAGAGCUGAUUGCCGUGACUUCUGCUGAGUACUACACAGUACUACAGCAUACUAACAAAGUACUACAAAGUUCUACAGAGUACUAGAGUAUUACUGCUGUGUACGCCAUAGAGGCAUGAUGAGAUAUACAUAAUGUCAUGAGUAAGCUACAAUAUGAGGAGAAAACACAGAAAAAACAACCUUUUAGACCAGUUUGACUUCAAAGAUACAUUUUUUUAAAACAGCAGGCCUGUCAGUUGAUUAAAGAGACACUUAAAAAGGUCGACCUGUUUGUUUAUAAAAGAGACACUUUUAAAACAGCUUUUUUUUCUUCUUGGUUCUAUGAUAUUCUCACUCAGGUACACGGUGCCAACAAGUGGCUUGUGAAUGUGAUUUGUUGUUUUUGUGCUACAGUUUUAAUAAUAGAUACAAAAUAGAAUUUUUCCCUUUUCAUUGUAAAGCACCUGACAGAAGUCAAAGCAAAAUUUUUAUUUACAAUUAUUAUUCUUUCUUCAACUCUGCAGUGUACUAUCAGCUGAUAUCCUCCCUCUGUGUGUGUGUGUGUGACUCCCCUUAUGAGAGUCAAAAUGGGACAGUCCAGUCAGGGCCAGUGUUGGACUGUGAGGACCGGCUCACUUCAGGGGACUGUGGGGGGGGGGGACCUCAGAGUCUCUCAUCAUGGGCAAGCUUGGACAGUACUGUGUGAUGAGACAAUCUCCCACCAACCCUCUUCUCUCCUGUUACACUCUCGCUCUUUUACCUUUUGUUUACCUUUCCUUUAUUCUGAUCAUGAGGACUUUGUGUCUUUGGAAGGUACAUCCCCCUGUAUGUGUGUGAGAGUGUGUGUAAGCAAACUUGCUGUGUGUGUGUGUGUUUAGUCUGUGUGAGCUGGUCUAGUCAUCACUAGGUCCCAGAACUCUGUCCCUUUCCAAGACAAACAGACAACACUGGAGUUUCCCCUGUGAGCCCCCAGAACUUCAGUAUCCUGGUGUAUAGAGACAGAGAAAGCCCUAUGGCUCUCUUGUA